GAUGCGGUUCGCAUGGCAUGAGUCAAGGCAUGAGCCGUUACAGUGGAGGCACUGACUCCGAACUCCGAGAACCGGCGUUCCCUUUCCAAGACCAUGCGGCUCAUCGUCACGUGGAUACAGAUGGGCAGGCAGACAAACGGCCGGCGGUUUUGUUGUUGAUCCGCCAAUCCAUUCUUGAUGACCAACGUAGUCGGUCAGGAAAUUUGGUAGUGGACCGGUUUUUGGUUUGGAUUCGCUGACGUUGUCGUCGACGGUGAUCGCCCCCUCCCCAUUCUUUCUGUUCCUGCCGGGUUUGAAUCGGCGUGGCUCAGACGCACACGGCCUGAGCACGGCCUGGGGACUGGGCCCGCACUUGGUCGUCGCGCAGUGUCCGCGACACAUGGUCCGUCAUUGCCGGCGCCUCGAAAAGCACGCUGAGAGCGUCAGGCACGCAAUCGCACUCCGGAGCCCGCUUCGCUCGCGCCGCUCCCACAAGUCCGAGACUGGUCGACAUGGCGGCACUCCUCAAGCUUCUGGUCGUCGCGUCCGCGCUGGCGGCCGCCAGUGCGUUCCUGCGCAGGCCCAAGACCCUCAAGGUCACCAAGGGGGAGUUGUGGGAGAGCUCGUCUUCUUGAUAGCUGAGCAGGGCUACGACGUGUGGACGGUCAACUACCGCGGUAGCUUCUACAGUCGGAGGCACAGAACGUUGAAUACCAAGGACCACGAAUUCUGGGACUUCAGCUGGCACGAGAACGGGGUGAUCGACCAGGCGGAGGCCAUCGACUACGUGCUGAACGCGACGGGCUACAAGCAGCUCAUCGUGGUGGGCCACUCCAUGAGCAGCACGGCCCAGGUGGUGCUGCUGGCGGAGCGCCCCGAGUACAACGACAAGGUCAUGGGGCAGGUGCUGAUGUGUCCGACGGUCCUCUUCGGGCACCCCACCGGCGCCGUGGCCUGGGGCCUGGGCCGCCUCAACGACGUCUCGUUCCAGAAGCUGGACUACCACGACAGCCUAGAGAAUGACUGGGUCCCCGGGCUGGCCCACCCCGUGCCGGAGACCUGCUACAUCAACUCCGGCAGCCCCAAAGCGAUCUUGAUGCCGCACUGCUUGCGUAUCUUCGACUUCAUCAUGGGCAAAAUCCACCGUCCCGUCAACGACUACCUCCUGUACCUCAUCCUGCACCACUACCCCGCCGGCGCGUCCAUCAAGCAGAUGGUGCACUACAUCCAGAGCAGCUACUCGGGUAACUUCUCGCUUUUUGACUACGGCAAGGACAGGAACCAGGAGCUGUAUGGCCAGGACAUCCCGCCACUUUACAACCUGACGAACAUCCGGACCCCCACGUACUUCGUGUACGGGUCGGCGGACGCCACCGUCAACUGGAAGGAUGUGAAAAUUCUCGCGGAUCGCAUGAACCUCGGAGUCGUGAAGAAACUCCACCUGGUAGUCGACUACAACCACAUCGACUACCUGAUCGCCACUGACGCGGACAAGGUCAUCUACCCCGCUUUGCUCAAGUACCUGGACGAAAUCAGGGACGGGUCCUACUCCAAGGAACUCGAAAGGCCCAAAGUGACGACAUUCUAAUACGAUAUUUUCGUCAAUAUUUCGACGAAAAAGAAGCAUCAAUUUGACGUCAUUUUCACUUCCUUUGACUGCUUCGUGAGUGCUUUGUUUUCUUUGGGACGAAAGCUGAAUCUAUUUGUGGCCGAUUGUAAGAUGAGACAUGUUUAAAGAUCUGCUCAUGCCUCGUCAUCAUUUUGAUAAAGUGAAUGCACUCAUCAAUCUCUGAACCAAAGAUGUAUUUAUAAGGAAUAAAUCAAAGUUUAUUUAUGCCCA